AUGCGCAGUGCAUCGGUACAGAGGGGGAAGAAUAUCACAUGCAAGAAUGAGCAUAUCGCAAUAUACACGGACGGCAGUGGAUAUCAAGGCUAUAUUGGCGCGUCCAUGGUCAUUCCAACAUUCAGAAAACAACGAACGGAGUGUAUUGGUACGGAAGGCACCUCAACAGUAUACGCAGCUGAGGUCUGUGGGAUCAAAUUCGCGCUCGAAACUGCGCUUCAAAUUGCAGAUCAGGACAUACGAACCAAGAAACUAGUUAUUUUCUCAGAUAGCUAA